AUAAAAGAUGUAAAUCUUGCAGAUUCUGCGGAAUUAUACGAUUCUACACCAAAAAGUGGAGAUGACUACAUUCCAGAAACCACUUCCAAAAGUCACAGUGACAGCGAUGUUAGCCUUAAACUAAACCUAACUACAAAACGUCAGUCUCCUUAUGAUAGACUGAAUACUGUAUCUCUGGAUCAACGAGUCCCCAUGUCUGUGACUCUACAACACCAGGACAUAUAGCCAUCAACAAGCCAACAUCUGAAUCCAGUGGAGCAGAGGAAGGGCCCUGUUCAAGUCAGGCCCUUGAUGACUGCAUAGUUGUUCGUGCAUGCCGAAAAAGAGGUGGGAAUAGAGUGUAAGACAAGAGACAUUAUUGCUUGUAUUGCUCAAAGCCCUAUGCUAAGAUGGCAAGACAUCUAGAACGUGCUCAUCAAGAGAAAUCCGAUGUGGCAAAAGCUCUUAGCUUUCCAAAGAGUUCCAAAGAAAGGAAAAAAACACCUGGAUUAUAUUCGUAACAAAGGAAACUUUGCCCACAAUGCCUCUGUCAUGGAGUUAGGAAAGGGUGAACUAGUACCAUUUAAAGGACCACAUGAAAAAACCCAAGGAAAAGACUUUAUGCAUUGUGCAUACUGUCAAGGACUUUUUACAAGGAAGAUUCUGUGGCGGCAUAUGCGUACUUGUAAACUUAGACCAGGAUCACAACCCACCAAACCAGGAAAGAACCGUGUUCAGUCCAUGUGCACGUACACAGCGCCUGUGCAUUCAAACAUACGUAGGUAAAGAACUCUGGGCAGUAAUUAGUGCCAUGAAUCCUGACCCAGUUACAGAAAUAAUCAAAAAUGACCAUGUCAUUAUUGAUGUUGGGCAACACUUGUUAAACAAAGGUGGGAUAUCAGCCAAGAAUCAGCAGUGUGUGCGAGAGAGGAUGAGAGAAAUGGGAAGGAUGAUUUUAAAAUGCCAGAAGAUACACCACAUUAAAAAAAACAUGGAAGAUUUCAUAAAUCCAAACAAGUACUUAGAGACCGUUAGAGCUGUCAAGUUUACAUGUGGAUAUGACAGUGAGAAAAACAAGUUUGUGGUCCCAUCACUGGCAAACAAACGCGGGCAAACAUGCCCUUGUUAAAGUAAGCAAACUCCUAAAAGCUCAGGGUUUAAUCUCAAACAACAAACUGAUGGUAAAGAAUGCCACUGAGUUUCUAGGUGUCCAUCAGGAGAAAUGGAAUGCGAUGAUCUCAGCUACAGCACUCAGGAACAUCAGGGAAGCAAAGUGGAAUGUGCCUGCUCUCAUGCCCUUCACUGAAGAUGUCCAGAAACUUCAUGCAUGUCUCAGUCAAAUGCAAGAUGAGUGUUACAAUGCACUCUCUGAAAGUCCCUGUACAAAAACAUGGGCAGACUUGGCAAAGGUGUGUCUGGUCCAGAUCAUUCUCUUUAACCGACGCAGGGAAGGAGAGGUGGCAAGUAUGCCUUUAUCUGCGUUUUCAUCAAGAGACACUUCUGAUCCGCAUGAAGAUGUGGACUGGGCACUCUCUGAACUGGAAAAAAUAAAGCUCUGUAGGCACUUCUCAAGGAUUGUCAUCAGAGGAAAACGAGGUGGUCCAGUUCCAAUUCUUCUGACUCCAAAAAUGCUGUGCACAGUAGAACUCCUUGUCAAGCAGAGAGAGUCUUGUGGAGUUUUGAAAGAACAUUUGUAUAUGUUUGCAAGACCUGAAGCCAUGACACAUUUCCGAGGGUCAGACUCCAGCAUCCGAGGCUUUGCAAAGGUGUGUGAUGCGAAUCGCCCCAGGUCACUGACAUCUACCAGAUUGCGAAAGCAUGCAGCGACCCUUUCCACAGUGCUGAACUUGACAGACACAGAGAUGGACCAGCUUGCCAAUUUUCUUGGACAUGACAUAAGAAUCCAUCGUGAGUUCUAUCGACUUCCUGAGAAGACCCUGCAAUCGGCCAAGAUCAGUAAAGUUCUAAUGGCGCUCGAGCAAGGAAGACUAUCUGAGUUUCAUGGCAAGAACUUGGCAUGAAAUGGAGAUAGAACCAAAUGAAACGGUUCUUGACAGUGAUCAGGAAGAGACGAGCAGACAGGAGGAAAACUGCUGUAAUGUUGAUGGUAUGGAUUAAAUAUGUAAAUAAGUAAGCUA